AUGAAAUCCACUAUUGUGAUUACUGUACUUUUUGGACUCUCGUUGACUCCUUCUCUUGCUGGUAAGAAUGUGGAUAGAAAUAAGCAAAUAAGCACUGGUGAAAACUCCCACCAAACUCUGUCAAUCAACAAAGAAAAGAGCACGGCAUGUAUUGACAUGAACGAUGGCCGUGACUCAUGGAACAUUAUCUGGAACUACAAUACGGGCUAUAUGGCAACCAGAAUAUUUGCACAGAAGGUUUGCUUCAUUUCUAAAAUGAACAAGAAUGUGAUGCCUGAUAUUGUUGCUAUUUCCAAGAUGACUGAAAAAAAAAAGGUAAGAUAAAAAGGGGAGUUACUUGUAAACCUGAACAAUAAAGCAAACAGGGCGAAAGGUCAAAGACAUCCAUCAAAAGAUCUCGUAUACGUCGUCUCAAAAAAAAGAGUCCGUGACCUCAAGUCUUAUGGAGAAGACAUCUUUGCUCUGUGCAAAGGGCUCCCGACUUAUAUAGCGCAUGAAGUUCGUGGAUCCCAAUUUUGGUACAAUCAAGGAUCAUGUUUUCAAUUUAAUAUCCUUUUUGUUCUUGGCAUUCAUUACUGUGACAACACUGGGAGCUCCUGA